AUGUCCUGCCCGGGCCUCGCUGAGGCUUCGUCGUGGAGCACGCGCACCCGCAGGGCUCGGGCCGCGCAGGCCGCGGGGCCGGGCGAGGCUCAGGCACGGCAGCUGCGAGAGCUUUGGAGCCGCACCGAGAAGGCCGAGCGGCGGCUGUUGGCCUUCGAGAACCUGGUGGGAGAGCUGGGCAGCAACCUGGCGGCACUGGGCAACCUGCUACAGGGCUACGGGCACCUCCAGCAGCGCCUGGACAACGUGGAGAACCUGCUGAAGAACAGGAACUUCUGGAUCCUGCGGCUGCCCCCCAGCACCAGGGGCGAGGUGCCCAAGGUACCCGUCACAUUUGAUGACAUUGCUGUGUACUUCAACGAGCAGGAGUGGGAGAGACUGGACAGCUGGCAGAAGGAUCUGUACAAAGCUGUGAUGAGGGGUAACUACGAGACCCUGAUUUCCCUGGACUAUGCCGUGUCCAAGCCUGACAUCCUGUCUCGAAUUGAGAGGGGUGAAGAGCUCUGUGUCAAAGACUGUUGGAAGCCCCCGCAGACGCUGGACCAAGGCGCUCCAGAACCCCCACAGACCGUCCAGGAUGGGCAGGAGCUCACGCAGACACACAGCCCAGGCAGUGAGGAACCUCUGCAGGCACACAUCCAAGGCAGGGAGGAGCCCAUGCAGGGCUGCAGCAGAGACAGUGAGGAGCAUCUGAAGACGCGCCUCAGAGAUGGUCAGGAGCCCACACAAACGUGCAUCAAUGGCCACAGUACCCUGCAGACGUGCAUCGGAGGUCGCCAGGAGCCCCUGCAAGCACCAGAAGAGAUGGACCAGAUGGAGGAGGCUUUGGGAAAAGAUGUCCGUGUGGAAGCUGACAGGGCAGAGUCUGCUGUGUCCAAUCCUGACAUCCCAUCCCAGACUGAUAAGAAUGAAGAGCUCUGUGUCCAAGAUGCCCAGGAGCCCCCAGCGCCGUUUAUCCAAGACAGUCAGGAACCCCCACAAACACUGAAAGAGAUGGACCAGAAGAAAAAGACUGUGGGAAAAGAAGAAGUCCAUUUGAAAGGUUGCACAAAAUUUCCCAGGGUGGUGAUGCGUGUUUUGUCCAUGAGUGCACAGAAAAAGGAAGCAAGCAGGGAAGAUCAUCCCGACUCAGAGGUGGAAGAUGACCCAGCAGAGUUUGGCUCUGAGGAAAUCUUUCUGUCAGAAAAUGAAAAGGCCUCUGAAGCGGCUUCUCUUCCUGUAAGCGUCAAGGUGAAAGAGGAAAGGCCCGUGGCCUCACAAGAGGCAUCUGCACCUUCUCCUGGCCCCGAGGUCCAGAAGUGCCCAGGAGAGCAAGCCAAACCCAAGAGCAAGAAGAAGCCGAGCAGGUACGCGAGCAGCAGCCUGCUGAUGGGCGACUGCCGGCGCGGCUACGUGCGCGAGUGGUCGCACCCCUGCACCGAGUGCGGAAGGCGCUUCCGCCUGAAGAUCAACCUCAUCAUCCACCAGCGGAGCCACGCCAAGGAGGGGCCCUAUGAGUGCACGAUAUGCGAGAUCAGCUUCACCGACAAAAAAAGCUUGGUCCUUCACCAGGGCAUCCACACACAAGAGAGGGCCUUUGCGGCCAAGGUGUGGGGGAACACCCACCCGGAAUUGAGGAUGGGGCCGAGGAAGAAGCUCUGCAAGUCUCUUCACGGCAGUGCCCAAAGCCUGACUUACGGGACACGUGCAGGGGGGUCCUGGCUGGGCCAGGCCAAGGAGGAGCCAUCCAGACCCUAUUUGUCACAACAGCAAAUGCCUAGCGCUCAUACAAGGAACGUGGUUAAAUGCAACCUUUGCAACAAGAGUCUCUCGUGCCCCUCUUCCCUCCAGCGUCACCUGAAGACCCACAGGCCGUACUGCUGCUCCACCUGCAAGAAAUGCUUCAGCCGCCAAACUCACCUGGUGCGCCACGAGCAAAUACACGAACGCCAGAAAGCCCUGGAGAACCAGCAGCCCAAAGCAGAGCAGCCCGCAGCAACGGCCGGCUGGCUGCAGCCCUAAGGAGCCCCAGAUGCCCGGCCAGAGCGCUGCUCACACGCUGAACCAGGCACUUGAGAAGUGCAGCCAGAGCUGUUCAGUGAAGGCACUCCCGGUGCUUGCUGCAGAACACAUACUCCCAGAUAAUCCUAGACUUGUGAUAUCCCAACUUGGAAGGCACCCUCCAGCGGCACCGGUUCCCAUUCAAGAACUGCCACAUCCACUGCUGUGGUGGGAGCGCAGUCCGGCCUGUUGUGAAACUAGGAAAUAGGGUGGCAGUUUGGGAGGCAACAAACGACAACAGGAGAGAUCCAAAUUGCUUGUUUCUCCAGGGAGAAACUGAGCAUCAGGACGGAUUUUUACACACACUGGGAUGGUGUGCCAUCUAUCAGAUGGAAUUCCCGUGGUUGCAGAAUGAAUCAAAGCCUGGAUGCCAUUAUGUAGAACAAAUUACGGAAGCCUCUGGUGAUACAAAAUGCUUUACUGUCCCUCAGUUUUGUGUCUGCUGGCUGAUGCAUGGAACUGUCCCAAACUGACCUCCCCACAUGAGCAGGUAUGUCUCCUGCAGCCCAGCAAAGGAAGUUGUAAGCAGCUGUUGAGCUCAGCUGUUAUUUGAUGCUGGAGCCGACCACUUUGUUUUGGAAACAGAAUUUAACAGUGAAGUGGAAGGACAGAAGGGUCUCAAACUGGAAAAUUAGAGUGAAUUCCCAAUGAGCUCUUCAUUUUGGUGACUGUUUCUUGGCCACGAUUGCCAGGUGGAGAACGGGGCACUUCUGAGAUCCCAUCAUGUCCUGGCCGUGCUUGUCUGAUAACCCAUCCUGCUGAUUAAAUCCACUGAACGUGAGAUCUGCUGGGGAACACCAGUCCAUUGAGCUGGAAGACAGGCAGAACAGGACAACCCGCGACUCUGCAGGGAUGCUGUGGGUCGUGUGUCCCAGCAGCAAUCUUCCCUUGAAGAAGGCCAGCCUUCAAGAUGGCUAAUAGCCUCUUAAAAGCUAAGAAUGCUUUUAAGAAAACUCUGCAGGUAGGAUUCCUCCUGUGCUGCAGCACAGCCUGCACAGGGACCCCCUUGCCUUGGAUGUGUUGGCUGACACAGAAUCACAGAAGCAUAGGGGUCAGGAGGGGCCUCUGGAGAUCCUGCAGUCCAACCCUCCUGCUCAUACAGGUUCCCUAUGGUAGGUUGCACAGGAAGGUGUCCAGGUGGGUCUUGCUAUGUCAGCUUCUCUGCACUGGAGUGUUCCCUCUGCUCGUCCCUGCUGUGCCCAGAAGCCAUGCACAACCCCUCUAUAACUAACCACGUGGAAGAAUAGUUACGCUAGCUACCUCAGCUGUCCCAUGGAGAGGCAGCCUGGUAGGUGACAAAGCCAGGCCAGAGGGGCGCUGGUGGCCCCAGGAACCAUGUGAGCCACCAGAUGCUCUGCUGGGGAACACAAACCACGUGUAGAGAGAAGCCCUGCUGGCAUCGCCAUGCAGGCCAAGCUGCUAGCACACUUGAGUUCUUUUGCUCCAUUUAAUUGAUGUGAUUACUUGAAAUUAUGAAGCGUGUGCCCCUCUCUGGGCAGGGUGUGUGGGGAACCAAUUACUUUAGAUUUUUCAUUCCUGGCCACCUAUUAAGGUCUGAAGGGCCACAAGGUGACACUGCCUGGGCCACUUCCUGUCGCACGCAUCCAUGGUGCACAGGACAGGGCUGGGCUGCACUGCUGUGCCCUGCUUUAAAUGCUCCAGGCCAUUCUCACGCUGCCCUGCACUUGUCCCCAGCACCAUGGCACUGCGAAGCUCCAUGAGACAGGGGUGGCUGCUGCCUUGCAGGCUCUGAGGUGAUGGUCUGGCAGCAAGCUCUGCUGCAGCGAGGGCUGAUAUUGGUUGUCCCUGCCCAGGUAACUGUCACAGUAAAUCCCUGCACUGCAGGGCAAGUCAGCUGCUGCAACGGUGUCAUCACACACCUCUGAGUCUGGGGGCUGCGGGGAGGAGAUGGGCCUGGAGCAUUUGCUUUGUGAGUGGGACCAGUCUUUUGUAGGAAAUCUCUCAUCCCUUUCUCAGGCUGUGGAAUCAGUAAAAUGUUUUGUCUGUA